AUGUCCAAAAAACCACAGGCCCCUCCGACGGCGUAUCCGGCAAGCUCGCUGAAGGAACAAAACCAAGAAGGGGGCAAAGGACUGGAUUUGAAACUUGCCCCAAGCGCCAACUGGACGCAACUCGAAUUCUGGGACGACGAAGGGAAGGCACCUUACCUGAAAGAUUAUGAAGGGCGAGGUUUGCUCAAGGACAAAGCCGUGAUUGUGACGGGUGGGGAUUCUGGCAUCGGACGAGCUGUCGCCGUCCUCAUGGCAUGCGAAGGUGCUGACAUAACAUUCGUCUAUCUCCCAGAGGAAGAGGAAGAUGCCCGUUGGACAAAGACCCAGAUCGAGAAGGCAGGCCGACAAGCCCAGCCACUCGCCAUGGAUAUCACGUCGGAAGAGAACUGCAAGAAGAUCGUGGAAGCGCACAUGAAGAAAUUCGGCAAGCUCUCUGUCCUGGUCAACAAUUCUGCUAUGCAGGAGAUCUGCAAUGAUAUUCAAGACAUCAAUCUUGGAGUCGUGGAGAAGACUUUUCGCACUAAUAUCCUGAGCAUGUUCGCCAUGGUCAAAUAUGCGUCGCCUCAUAUGAAGCGUGGAUCGAGCAUAGUAAAUUCGAGCUCGGUGGCUGCAUACAUGGGCAAUCCUCAGCUUCUGGACUAUAGUUCAACCAAGGGGGCAAUCACCACGUUCACAAGGAGCCUGGCGCAGCAGUUGGCGCCAAGGGGCAUCAGGGUUAAUGCUGUUGCACCCGGUAUUAUCUGGACUCCGCUUCAACCUGCUACAAAGGGAAACCCGCCUGAAGCCAUGAGUGCACUGGGGGUCAAGGAGGCACCACUCCAGCGACCCGGUAUGCCUGUUGAAAUGGCCACAGCAUAUGUAUUUCUGGCAUCACCUUUGGGAUCUUACUUCACGGGUGAAACGGUUCAUGGGACGGGUGGACUGGAGAUGCAGGGUUGA